CGUGCCUCUAGUGCGCUUGUGUAUGACGCACUCUUCGGUUCAGUCUUGGAUGACGUUGGACAUCCACCAAAAUCGCAGUUUCCUGAACCUCAUCAAAGGCGAUGCUCGAAUGGUUAUUACCUCCAGCCAACAUGUUGGUAACACAUUUCACUUGAGCGCACGACGCCAAGAAUUCAUUGGUGUAUUUUCGACCCCUCUUCCACCGCGUGGGCCCCACUUUGAUCACGCCCAAAUAAGACGUGACUACCGCGACAACCGCACGAGGGAAACGCAGACAGCAUCUUUCACCUGAUCUGUCGCCUUUCGAGUUCUGCGUCUCGGUUGAGAGACACUGUUCUAGACUACUCGAUCCACGAGCAUGCAAAUUACGAACAUAAAUAGACACCACUACAAAGUCAAAGAUGGAUGACCACCUGAGCAUUCUUGAGCAAGAAUAUUGCCCACCAAUAGACCCCGCCCUUGUUGCUGCAUUCUACAGCGACUUCGCAAACGCGCACGAUGCCUUAGAGCAGACUAGGGAGCUACUCGACCCGAUCAAAGCCUCCGCGAUCGCAGAACAGGCCACUGAUUUCGACGCGUCGGGCAGCAGUGGGGGUCCCGUGCGCGACAAGCCCAUAUCAGAUUUGGAUUCGAACGCGGAUACGUGGGCGACGCGUACGACUUUGACGGAUGCAACCCAUCUCUCCGGUGACUUCGCGACACUUAGCGUAGACGGGCGAUCGGCAGAAGGUUCUGAGGAGUCGUGGGAGGGAGGCUACUACAAGGACACUGAGCAGUUUGACACAAAAACUAAGGAGCAAUUAUUGGCAGAUACGUUCCCAAACCUGCGCCCAGAACUGGUGGCAUACACAUUGAAGAAAUGCAACGACGACUUCGGCAAAGCGACAGACGAGCUGCUGAAUCACGCCUACUUUGAAGAUGCAAGGAUUAGCCCGAGCGAAGAGGCAGGGCCGGUCGCUAAAGGCAUAGACGCCUUUUUUGAGGGCCAUCACGUUCCACAGAAGAGCAAGAAGGGCAAGGGGAAGAAGAAACAGAAGCUCUCGCUGUAUGAUGUGAGCUCCGCCGACUCGUCUGGGACAGACAUGUCAAGCCCCGCUACGCCAAAUCGCUGGCAAAACAGCAGCCGCGAUGUAGAAUUCAUCACAGCGCGCACGAAGCUCUCGGCGAAGGUUGUCUCCUCGCUGUAUCACGAAAAGGCUGCGUCACUUUCAGCCACCAUUUUGGCCUUUGUGAACAAAGAUAUGAAGGCGCACGAAGGGCAAGAGCCGGAAGCCGGCAGCGUAGUAGAUGCAAUGGCAUUGAAUGCUGACUUCCCUUCGAUUGGGUUGAACCAGGCCGUUGCCCUCGUACGUUUAGCCGACGGCUCGCCGGACAAGGCGCGGGACAUGGCUAAGGCUUUGACCGAACAGCCUGCGAGUGAGACUGGCGGCAAGGGCGGGAUCAAGCUCGACUUCAGGUACGCGCCUGUCAACCUCGACGACGAUGCUCCUGUAGCAAGCAAGCUGCCGGACCUGCCAUCGUCGAUUCGGCCUCACACUACCGCAUCGGUAGCAUUCCGGCGCAACGAAGCAUUUGACAAAGCGGCAGCAGCUCAUCGCCGAGGUGGUUACAUGAAGGCAGCCGCGGGCUACUACGCGCAAGAGGGCAGGAAUUACAAUGCGAACGUAAAGGUUAUGAACCAAGCUGACGCCGACGCACUCGUCGCGCAACAAUCAUCGUCCACGAUACUCGACCUUCACGGCGUCACGGUGGCUGAUGCAACAAGGAUUGCCAGGCAAGGGACAAAUACGUGGUGGAACUCGCUGGGCGAGAAGCGUAUUGCUGAGUACGGAGGUGCACGUGGAGGGGUCGGCAGUUAUAAAAUUGUUGUCGGUCUGGGCAGACAUAGUGCCGAUGGCAGAGGCAAACUUGGACCUGCAGUCGUGAAAGCACUCGUAAAAGAAGGCUGGAAAGUUGAAGUUGGCUCUGGCGAGCUGCUCGUCACCGGCGUGAAUAAGCGAAGAUAGAUGAGCCAUUGGUUUGGACGUGAAGAUACCCAAUAGAUAGAUGACCGCACAUACCGGUGCAAACUUGACGAAUUGAGUAUUGCUGCUACAUUAC